CCCUGGCCUGUGGCGCGCUGCUUCACUGCGAUAUGAGCGCUGCUGUGGCUGUGUGAUCAUGUGGGACCGCUGGAGUAGGGGUUGCCCUUUCGUGUCACAGGUUUCCCUGCCAUGAAAACUGCUAGCUAAUGAUAUCAAGGGGGGCUCGUUUACUUUGGGGGGUUUCUGCACUCUUAAACGCGUGGGAUUUCUAUCUGUUGUUGGGGAAUGAAUGACGAGAAAAGCCCGGCUAGUAAGAGAAACUCUGGGUGUACCAGUAUUGAGCAAAUGCUGGCUGUGAACCCCGGAAAGACACCCAUCAGUCUGCUGCAGGAAUAUGGAACGCGGAUAGGCAAGACACCAGUGUACGACCUGCUGAAGGCCGAGGGCCAGGCCCACCAGCCCAAUUUCACCUUCCGCGUGUCUGUGGGAGAAAUCAGCUGCACGGGCCAGGGCCCCAGCAAGAAGGCUGCUAAACACAAGGCUGCAGAAGCCGCGCUGAAGAUGCUGAAAGGAGGGAUGCUGGGAGGGUUAGGGGAGAACGGCAUGGAGGGAGAUGGGUUUGUUGGAAUAGACAUGUCCUUGGACGGAGAUGGCUCCCAGUCAGAGAUAAAGUCUUCCAGUUCCAGCCAGCAAGCUGAGUGUAAUCCAGUCGGUGCUCUGCAGGAGCUGGUGGUGCAGAAAGGCUGGCGUUUACCCGAAUACACCGUCACACAAGAGUCUGGGCCUGCACACCGCAAAGAGUUCACCAUGACCUGCAGAGUGGAGAGAUUUGUUGAAAUUGGCAGCGGUACAUCAAAGAAGCUAGCGAAGCGAAAUGCAGCAGCCAAGAUGCUGGCCCGGAUCCACGACGUGCCUGUAGACCUGCGCAGCACUCAUGAAGUGGAGGCAGAAGAGGACACCUUCAACGUGCACAUGAGUGGCAGGUUAGAGGGCGGGAAGUGUAAGAGUUUUGGAUGUACGUGGGAUUCUUUGCGGAAUUCAGCUGGGGAGAAGAUUCUGCAGCUGAGGAGUCAUCCUUUAGGCCUUCCCAACUCCAACUUCUGCUCUCUGCUUCACGACCUCUCUGAAGAGCAGCGCUUUGACGUCAGCUAUCUGGAUAUAGAGGAACGUAGUCUCAGCGGUCUGUACCAGUGUCUAGUGGAGUUGUCCACUCAGCCCAUCACCGUGUGUCAUGGUUUCGCCCCCAGUCAGGAUGCAGCACGAGCCAGUGCAGCACACAACGCUCUCCAGUACCUCAAGAUCAUGGCCGGAGGAAAGUAAGGCCGUGCUUUUUGUGAGAAACAUGAAGUAAAAAGUAAAAGUUAGACUACAGUGUUGUCUCCUGAGGACACCACCACGUUGGCCCACCCCUCUCCUUUUUCGUAAGGCCCUCAAAGAUAUUUCCCAGACAUUCCCAGUGAGCUCUAAAGAUGAACUGACAAAAUCUUUGUCUCCCUGAAAUGGACCCAAACCCCCACGUCUGUACUUCGAAAAUGGCUGAAAAUGAAAGUGAUUUUAACUGGGAACAUUUUGUUUUUGUUAUUUAGCCCCAAAUGAGGAUUUUAGCAGUAGUGUUAUACUGAAAUUUUGUGAUAUUCUCUUAAUAUUUUAACUAUUUUAAUAUUUUUGGUAAAUUGUCCUCCCUUUUUAUUUUAUUUUUAUUCAUCUAUUAUGAUUUUCUACCUCUUUAUUGACUAUUUUCUCCUAUAUAAUUUUAUCCUAUAUAAUUGUGUUGUAUAUUUUAACUGAAUUAUUUUAAAUACCCCUUUCAAACUAUCCUGUUGGUGAAAUUUUAAAUUUUGCAGGCAUAUCCAUAUACGCCAUCAAGCCCUGAACUUUAUUUUUCAUAAAUUAUAAUUGUUUUUGAUAUUUCAUCUACUGGGUCCAUACAUUGGGGAAAUGCCCUAUUUAUUUCUUUUUAAAUGUGUAACACUAACUGUGCCAUGCAGUUAUCCACUAAUUUGGGUAUUUUCAUUUUGUGUGAAAUGUUGAUAAACAUUUUUAUUUUUUUUCGAAGGAUAACAUGAAAUAAAGUUUGGUCCAUUUGUCCAUA